AUGUCUGCUACAAACACAUCCCAGUACACCAGCACCACAGUCUGGCUCGCGCCUUCCAACAGUGGGCGUUGGAUUUUCAAGACACAGGCCAGGGAGUUAUGGGACCUCGCUGGUGGCGACCUCGACUCUAUCCUUCCAAGGUCCAUUGCACCAAAUCGGCACGGUGGUCCAUGGAACGAAUACAAGUAUAACGAGAGCGACGUUGCGAACUUGUCCGUGCGGCUGAACAGAGAGACAUUCACGGAUGUAAGCGCGAAUGCUCCAUUGGCCCCACGACUUGGUCCGGAGAUCAAGAGGGAUGACGCUAUGAGCGAGUUCAGGCUUGAGGAUUACCAGACGAACCGUAUCAUGCCCGUUAGAAUGGAGAUAUGCCCGGACCCUGACAAUAGCACGAGAUACUACAACCGGAUCGACGUGGUGUUUUUUUUGUUCAGCUGUUGCUGGCUGAGUCAUUUCUACUUCUAUUAAGUACACCGCUUGAUUGGCUGACUAUUAUACAUUAUAGGCGCUCUACGACAGGAUUGAGAAUGCCGCUGCUAACCCGACGUGCAACGGGCAGCGUAUCCCCUUUGACCUUCUCACCUUGGCACCAGACAAGUCGCAAAACGGUGCGCACCCGUGAGCACCGCAUUGGUAGCACAUAAUUCCUGUGGCGCUCUUAGCAGUGGAUCCCGUCUCGAUGUUUUAGGUUUCUCCUUCUGGAUUGUUUCGUCUCUCGUAUUUUUCAUGAGAUG